GCCUCGGUUUAAAAAAAAGGUCUUUUUAUUCGAGAAAAUGGAAUGUGGUCCCAACUGGAUACUCAGGAAUUAUGUUUUUUUUCUGUCUAUGUGCUCUAUCCCAACAUAGUGAAACUUGACAUGCUGUGGUAACCUCAAACCAAAAAGUAUCUGGAAGUGGCAUUUCACUGUGAUUGACACAUCCUACAACAGACUUCUUCAACAAUAGACCAAGAUUCAAAUGUUUUUUCCUCACACCCUAGCAGAGAUGCUUCUCUCAGUGACCUUACAAGGAUUAACAAACAAAUUCUGUGAGCUCUGCUUAUGUAUGUAGUAUGCUUGAAUAACCUUCCUACUACCAUUGUGCCUCUGUGAAAUAUCAUUUUUGGGCCAUAUGGGCUGCAUUGCACUGUUAUCUGUACUGUGCCUGGUCAUGCCAGUACUUCUGCGAGCUGAGUUCACUCUGGUCAAUGUACGUGAACACAGUCUGUACAUCUGCACAUGUAUGCAAGACCUGGUUGCCUGCAGUGUUAUCAACUCAAGUGAAUGUGAUUGUGAUAACCACGCCGAUAAUCCUCAUGUAGUGACUUAUAAGCGCCUGACAGUGUGGUAUACUUCUCCAUUCAAUGUGGCGCGGCUGUUAAACAACUCUGAGAUCCGUCACCUGAUCCUUGCCAAGUGUGACUCGACCAGUGGAACGCCACCGUCUUUAGACUACUUCAUAGUGAAGAGGCUGGAAAGGCUUACCAUCUUGUACCCAUUCUGGACACCUGGGCAGAACUAUGACAUUGUGCUGGGUCGGGAAAUGGGCGUGCUGUACCACGAGGAGCCGAGAAUAGCCGUCAUUCACACAGUUGUGUUGACAGGAAAGGUUGGCUUGAAAGCAUACACAGUGAAAACCAAGGUGGACAGUAAUGGCAUGAUUCCCUUCCCUUAUGUUUUUGUGUCUCUAGAUGGGCUUCCAGAGAUGUCCAACAUAUCUGUGACUUUUCUGUACUGAAUGGCAUUGGCAUCUUGUCAGCUGUCCGGGGUCUCCAUUGUUGCAUGAAUGUGCCAUAUGUUUUUAAAUGCUGCUCCAAAAUUCUUAUCCACCCUUUAGUGUUAAUGGUGCCUUCCCAAUGUGCAAGUUACCCAUGUAAUUAAGUCUAACACACCCCAUACUAUGGCAGAUGCUGGGAUGGCCCAUUUCCUCUUUGGCCCACUCAAUACACUGUUCUUUAUUUUCAAAAACAAUUUGAAAAAGGGAACUUGUCCUACCAAAGCACAUGCUCAUUUUGUAAAUAUGAAUAAACAUACACUAAUCAGGCAUAACAUUUUGACCACCUCCUUGUUUCUACACUCACUGUCCAUUUUAUCAGCUCCACUUACCAUAUAGAAGCACUUUGUAGUUCUACAAUUACCGACUGUAGUCCAUCAGUUUCUCUACAUACAUUUUUAACCUGCUUUCACCCCGUUCUUUAAUGGUCAGGACCCCCACUGGACCACCACAGAGCAGGUAUUAUUUAGGUGGUGGAUCAUUCUCAGCACUGCAGUGACACUGUCAUGGUGGUGGUGCGUUAGUGUGUGUUGUACUGGUAUGAGUGGAUCAGACACAGCAGCACUGAUGGAGUUUUUGAACACCUCAGUGUCACUGCUGGACUGAGAAUAGUCCACCAACCAAAAAUAUCCAGCCAAUAGCGCCCUGUGACCACUGAUGAAGGUCUAGAAGAUGACCAACUCAAACAGCAGCAAUAGAUGAGCGAUCGUCUCUGACUUUACAUCUACAAGGUUGACCAGCUAGGUAGGAGUGUCUAAUAGAGUGGGCAGUGAGUGGACACGGUAUUUACAAACUCCAGCAGCGCUGCUGUGUCUGAUCCACUCAUACCAGCACAACACACACUAACACACCACCAUCAUGUCUUCAGACCCCGUUUCAGGAAAGAUUGGGACAUUUUGUAUAAUGCAAUAAAACCAAUAUGUUUAUACUCUCAAACAUACAGUAUAUUUAACUGACAAAGGUACAGAGUAAAUAAUAUUCCCAAUGUUUUCCAUGCCUCUCUAAAAUCCAAUAUACUCCUCUGCACCAGCAGUACCUUUACACCAUGCUGUGGGCACUGAUGCACCUCUAUACCAUGACAGAUAUUGGCUUUUGCACCUUUUGCUGAUAACGUGUACAUUUUCAGCAUUUAGCAGACACUUUAAUCUAAAGCGACUUAUAGUAUCCAUUUUUUAAGCAAUUGAGGGUUAAGAGCCUUGUUCAAUGGCCUAACAGCGGCAACCUAACAGUGGUGGGGUUUGAACCAGCAACCUUAUUAUUACUAAUCCAGUACCUUACCGCUAGACUACAAUUGCCCAUUUUGGAUUAUGCUUUUUCAUCUUUGGCACAGAAAACUCAAGGUCUGUUAUUUCUAAAACAAGCGGAAAUAUGGACUUAUCUGUCCACAGCACAUGGUUCUGUCUUUUUGUCCAUCUGAUAUCAGCUCGGGCCCAGGGAACUCACAUUCAAGUGGCUUUAUUGUCUUUUCAGCUAUAUAUAAGUACAUAUUAAAAUGAAACAAUGUUUCUCCAGAACCAUGGUGCAACGCAAGCAACACAAAAGGUACAAGGCACAUUUUUACCCUUAAAAGUGAAGGGGACAGGACAAAAAGACAUUACAGGACCGAAGACAAGUGUGAUGCUGGCCAGUACUUGGUACUGAGUAAAUAAAGUUUCUAUGCAAAUACUUAGCUGCGUUUCUGCAUAGAACUGAUGUACAGUUUUGUCUUUGUGUGAUAAAGUUUAAGGUUGCAUUUCUUCAUGCAGUGGUGUACUGUGUAAAAGGACAAUGGUUUUCAGAAAUGCUUUCUAGCUUAUGUGGCUUUAUUUAUUGUAGAAGUUUUAUGGUUUCUCAUGCAAUUCUUUCACAAUAUUAUGUACAUUAAAUGGUAAAAUAAUUAAUUAUGUUAACAAAUAUUAUUGUUGUACUAACUGACAAGUUUUGCACAUAGCCAUGUUUGCUUACAAAGGCCAAACAUUUAGUGAAUCGUUUCAUCAUAUAUUUACCUGUUACCAACUUGAAUAUUAACUUAAAUAUUUUACAAAUGUUUCAGUCUUUUCCCCAAUUCCAACUUUUUGAGUUUGUUGCCAUGAA